AUGAAGGGAUUUCUGAUCGUCCUGGCUGGAGUUUCAGUGCUCGGUAUUGUGACUACAGAGAGAUCAUCAUGUCUGAAACGUGCAGCAUUUUCUUCCACAAACUUUGAGAACAUCCUGACGUGGGAAACAGAGGCAGAUAUUCCCCCUGGCACUGUGUUUGAUGUCCAGUACAAACAGUAUGGAGAGAAAUCCUGGCUCACCAAACAUGAGUGCCAGAGCAUCACCCAGCUCUUCUGCAACCUCAGCAAGGAGACAGAGAACUUCACGGAGCAUUUCUACGGGCGGGUGCGGGCGCGGGGCUGCUCCCCCAGCUGGGUGCGCUCCGAGCGCUUCGAGCCCCGCAAGGAGACCAUCAUAGGGGCCCCCCAAGUGGAACACAUUCCCUACGUCCGCUCCAUCAAGUUCCUGAUCCGGCCCCCCCUGACCCCCCUGCGUGGGGAGGAUGAGCAGCAGCUCAGCGUGGAGGACAUUUACAGCAAAUUUGGGGCUGUGGAUUAUCACCUGACAAUAUUCAACCAGAGGACACAGCAGCAGUGGACAAAGAAUGAGCACAACAAAGAAUUUGAAGUUUCCAACUUGGACCCAGACACUGAAUACAACGGGACAGUUUAUAUCUGUCUGCUCCAGAGAAGGAGCAAACCUCAGGUGUUUUGGGUCAAAACACUGGCAGACAAGACGUGGAUUCUCUACUGUCUGGUGGCUCUGGCCUUCUGUGCCGGGCUGGUGUUUGCUGCCACUGCUUUUGUGAUCUACAAAUACAUCAAACAGCGCAGUGCCCAGCCCAGGGCCCUGGACUUCAGGGGGAUUCCAUCGUUCCAGCCUCUCACACUGACAGUGGAGCACAUCAUAAAGCCCCUCAGCUUUUCCAAACCUUCCCCUUUCAUCCCUGAAGUGCAGCUGGCCCAGAUGAGCCAACAUUUGGACUGGGCCCUGGAGCCACGACAGCCCUCCUGUCCCUACCAGCAGCAGGUGGAUGUUGCAGCACUGCAGCUGCCCCCUGAGCCCUCCCAGGUGGAAAUGCCAGCUCCCAUCACUGCUUACACUCCUCAGAGAGCUGAGCAGAGCACUGCUGCUGCCCCAGGCAGCUCCAGCCUGGCCCUGACCUAUGGGCUGUGCAUGGAGGGCACGGACAGGAGCCCACAGCCCGAGCAAAGGCUGAAGGAAUCUUCUCCAGAUCGUUCUGAGGACGGAGAGCUCCGAAGCCAUGGGCUGGGAAAGAGCUGCAGCCACUGGGAUUACAAAGAGCAGCAGCCAAAGGCGGCCCUGUGGAAGAGCAGGGACAGACUGGAGUCAGUUGUGAUCCAGGGGAGCCCUGGGCAGAGCCAGCUGCUGCUGCAGAGUGAGGGGCUGGAAGAUCCAGAGCGUGUGUCCCAGCUGUCCCUGUCCUUGCUGGAACAAGGAGGAUGCUACAGACAGCAGGCAGCCCUGUCCCUGCUGCUGCCUGCAGGGAAAGCUGCCCCAGGCUACGCUGCAGAGGAGGAACUGCUGGCACCCCUGCUGCUCUCAGUCCGGACUGGCAGUGAGCUCCCUGCAGAGAAGCACGGGCAGCAGUGGGUGCUGCCAGAGCCAUUCCCACACCCUGCAGACAGAGUGCAGCUCCCAGAGACUGCAGCCAUGGAAAUGUUCCCAGCAGCAAAGGGGCUGGGCUGCACACAGCUGAACGGGUCCCCAGGCCAGGACAGGGACACUCCUCUCACCAUGCUCUUCAAAGAUUUGGACUUGAAAGUGCAGUGGGAUGAGGAGAGCACAGAAUUUUAUUAG